CCAAUGAGCCGCUACCACGCCUGGACCCGGAUGCUAGAUGAAGACCAGACGGGUUAAGUUUCGUUUGGUUUGACAACCCAGAAACGUCCAUCCUCGGACAAAGAGGAAAAACAGAAAGGGAAGGGGUGACAGGAAAACUUCGUGGGAGAAAAAAAAGAGGCAAUAAAAGAGUUUAUAAGACGGGAAAGAGUGGGUGGUCGGAACCUUUGUCGCGGCACUCUAGCUAGCGACUCGGCAGGGAAAACAGACUGGACCUCAGUAGAACCCGAUCCGGACUAGUGUGUUCUUCUUCGGGGGAAGAGAGAGCUUUUGUUUGUUUGUUAUUCCGAAGUUCGUGAUUAUACGUGCUACCUUAGAGCCAGGUGCAGUGCAGGGCACCUGUCGGACCGGCGGCGAUGGAAGCGAGUAGGCGCAAGGGACUGAGUGGCAUCCUGUCCUCUCUUUCCUUGCUAUGCGUAGUGCUGGAUCUGCAGAUCGAUGGCGUGCUGGGUGCCAGCCAUGUGGAGAUCGAGCACCACCUGGAGAUGGGGCGCAAGCUGCUGGCUGCUGGGCAGUUGGCCGAGGCCCUGUCCCAUUACCAUUCUGCUGUGGAGGGAGACUCUAAGAACUACCUGACCUAUUACAAGCGGGCCGCUGUAUUCCUGGCCAUGGGAAAGUCCAAAUCUGCCCUCCCAGACCUCUCCAAGGCCAUCGAACUGAAGCCAGACUUCCUGGCGGCCCGGCUGCAGAGGGGCAACAUCUUCCUGAAGCAGGGCAGCACGCAGGAGGCCCGGGAGGACUUCGAGGCUGUGCUUCGGGGCAACCCUGGGCAUGAGGAGGCUCGGGCGCAGCUGGCGCACGCGGACGAGCUGGACGCGCUGGUGGAGGAGGCCCACCACGCCCACCAGCGGGGGGACUACCAUGGCACCGUGCGGGUCCUGGAGCGGGUCAUCGAGCUGUCCCCCUGGGACCCCGAGUCCAGGGAGCUCCGGGCGGACUGCUACAUGAAGCUGGGAGAGACGCGGAAGGCCAUCCAGGACCUGGCGCCCACCACCCGCCUGCGCAACGACAACCGGGCCGCCUUCCUGCAGCUCAGCCGCCUGCACUACAGCCUCGGGGAGCACGAGGACUCGCUCAGUCAGGUGCGGGAGUGUCUGAAGCUGGACCAGGACGACAGGGAGUGUUUCUCCCACUACAAGCAGGUGAAGAAGCUUUCCAAGCAGCUGGACUCGGCCGAGCAGCUCAUUUCCGAGAGCAGGUACCCGGAGGCCAUAGAGAAGUAUGAGUCGGUGAUGAAGACGGAGCCCAAUGUGCCCUUCUACACCACCAGGGCCAAGGAGAGGAUCUGUCACUGCCUGUCCAGGAAUCGGCAAGCGCCAGAGGCGAUAGACAUCUGCUCGGAGGCCCACCAGAGGGACCCCCGCAACAUAUUAAUCUUGCGAGACCGGGCGGAGGCCUUCAUCCUGAACGAGGAGUACGAGAAAGCGGUGGAGGACUACCAGGAGGCGCGGGAGAUGGAUGGGGACAACCAGGAGAUCAGGGAGGGGCUGGAGCGCGCUCAGAAGCUGCUGAAGCAGUCCCGCAAGAGGGACUACUACAAGAUCCUGGGCGUGCACAGAAACGCCAACAAGCAGGAAAUAAUCAAGGCCUACAGGAAACUGGCACAGCAGUGGCAUCCAGAUAACUUCCAGAGCGAGGAGGAGAAGAAGCAGGCAGAGAAGAAGUUCAUUGACAUCGCCUCAGCCAAAGAGGUCUUGACAGACCCAGAAAUGCGGCAGAAGUUCGACGCGGGCGAGGACCCCCUGGACCCCGAGAACCAGCAGGGCGGCGGCGGCCACGGGCACGGCGACUGGCCCUUCGAGUUCAACCCUUUCCGAUCCGGGAACUUCCACUUCAAGUUCCAUUACAACUAGACUGGACCGAGGAACUGCGUUUGGGGGACGGGACUGGGCGGGAGGGGUGUGGCUGCACUUUACCUUUUUGGACUUGGGGCUCUUGGGGCACAGGAUAGUCGGACAAUUCUGGGCGGGCAGUGAAAUGAUGGAGGUGGCGGGGGCGGGCAGGGAGAGCAGCUGGUGUUGGUUUUUGGGUCCUCCUUCCAAUAAGAGCCCCAAAGUUGUUGUUUUCUGGAUAGACACGCGAAAGCAGCCAGAGUCAGCUCCGAACCGGAAAUGCCAAACGUCACGUAUUGGGGAUCCACCCCCAACUCUCACAUAGCCAGGCACCCGCUGAUGGGGCCCAUCAAGGAAUUUUGAUUUUUUAAUUUGCUUUUGUUUCAUCAUUUUGUGUCCCUCUCUACUCCAUGGAAGUCUUUCACCUCUGAAGCCUACAGCGCACUUUGUACCACUCUUCUGAUUUGUUCCAUUUUUAAUAUUGGAUUGGUUUCUCUUGCUUGUUUGUCUUUUAAGGCUCACUCAUUCUUUGCCAGAUCGUGACCAUGGCGUGCAUGGAGAGUGGGGCUAUCAGCUGUCAAAACAUCUUAUUCCCCCCCUUGUUUUUUGUUGUUGUUUACACUCCAUAGAAACUGCAGAAAUAAAAAGAGGAAGGAAGACAAAAUUUAAAGAACUUAUUAAUAAAAAA